AUGCUCUGUCUCAAAUCGGAAGCUCUCCGCGACGAUCAAACCUUAGCUUCCUCUUCCUCUUCUCCCAGCACCACCGAUCGUAGCUCCGGCGGAAAUCCCACUUUCCGUCUUCCCAUCAAUUGGGGAAGCUCGAUCCGGAGGUACUUGAAGAAAAAUGGUACAUUUUCGAGAAGAUCUUACUCCUCAGGAGAUGGGUCUUUGUAUUUCCCUGAUCUCGAUCAGGAAAGCAAGAUGCUUGAUCAAAGUAGUAGUAGAUUUGAAGGCAAGAGCAAACUAUGGUACAAAUGUGAGCUUGAACAAGAAGUUAAGAGACUGCAGCAGCAGCUACAAGAGGAGGUCAAUUUGCGGUUAGCUCUAACAAGCGCGGUUGAGCACUCUAGCUCGCCGUUCAUGGAGUCACCUUGUGAACUUCCUGAUAAGGCACAAGAGCUUUUGGACAGCUUAGCUGUAUUGGAAAUCACGGUGUCGAAGCUUGAGCAAGAAUCGGUUUCCUUGAGGUAUUUACUUAGGCAAGAGAAGAACGAGCGGCGUCUCUCUGAGAUUUUACAGAAGAAGUCUCAUUACUCUGCACCUUCGAAGUUGACUAAUGCACAAAGUUUCCCAAACAAGUUGGUGACAAGGAAAAGAGAGAAGAAACAAGUGGUUUCUGUGGAUAGUGAAGCUUUACAAGUAGAAUGA